CCUGGGCAGUCAGAAGCAGCAGUCACGCAUUAACGGAAGACAGGUCGUGCCGUAUAGCCAAAUAUCCUCAAUGUACCUCUAUCCAGUUUUAACGAAAUUCUUCAAGAGACGCGAGUUGAUGCUAAAUAUGGAUCAAGGACUGUUAACCCUGCUCAUUUCCCUCAUCAAGUGUGUAGAUUACCAGACGACUAGCAAUUGCCGUUCGCAAUGUUGUCUGUACUCGUGCCAUUUGUGUCAUCAAAUGUUCGACAGGGUUGCAGAAGGGCUGCCAUUUUGCACUGCCUGAUGUCAAGGUGGACAGGACAGGAGACCCUCGAGCAGGAUGAUCCAGAAAUGUGGGCUCUUAUCCACGAGGAAAAGAUGAGACAGAAGUCAGGAUUGGAGCUCAUUGCAUCGGAGAAUUUUGCAAGUCGAGCCGUGCUGGAUGCUCUGGGUUCAUGUCUCAACAACAAAUAUUCUGAAGGCUAUCCUGGACAGAGAUAUUAUGGUGGCACGGAGGUGAUCGAUAAGAUUGAGUUGCUGUGUCAGAAGAGGGCGCUUGAGGCAUUCAAUCUCACCUCAUCUGAGUGGGGUGUCAAUGUUCAACCAUAUUCUGGUUCUCCAGCCAACUUUGCAGCGUAUUCUGCCAUUUUGAAACCGCACGAUCGCAUUAUGGGGCUCGACUUGCCGCACGGAGGACACCUUACCCAUGGCUUCAUGACCGAUACAAAGCGGGUGUCUGCCACAUCAAUCUUCUUUGAAUCAAUGCCGUAUCGUCUUGAUGUCAACACUGGACUCAUUGACUAUGACAUGCUUUACAAGACCGCAGUGCUGUUUCGCCCACAGCUUAUAAUUGCUGGGACGUCAGCAUACUCCAGACUCUUGGACUACAAGCGCUUCAGAGAGAUCUGUGAUGAAGUGAAGGCUGUGUUGUUGGCAGACAUGGCACACAUCUCAGGUCUCGUGGCUGCGCAGGUCAUCCCAUCUCCAUUCGAGUAUGCAGACAUUGUCACCACUACGACACACAAGACCCUGCGUGGAGGGAGGUCCGGUGUGAUUUUCUUCCGACGAGGCACAAAGUCGGUAGACAAGAAAACAGGAAAGCCCAUUGAAUAUGACUAUGAGAGUCGUAUCAACAACUCUGUGUUCCCAUCUCUGCAGGGAGGUCCUCACAACCACGCCAUAGCGUCUGUUGCAGUGGCCCUGAAACAGGCUCGCACGCCCGAGUUCCGUGAAUACCAGAGCCAGGUCCUACGCAAUGCAAAGGCAAUGGCUGCGGCUCUGGUUGAGCGAGGCUACGCUCUGGUGUCUGGUGGGACAGACACACAUCUCGUGUUAGUGGAUCUGCGCUCCAAGGGUCUGGAUGGCGCACGCGUAGAAUCUGUGUUCAAUGCGUGCCAUAUCACAGCUAACAAAAAUGCCUGUCCUGGUGACCGCAGCGCUCUGAAUCCCAGUGGUCUUAGACUUGGUGCACCUGCGCUGACAUCGCGGCAGUUCAAAGAGGCAGACUUCAUUAAAGUGGUAGAAAUGCUGGACCGCGGUGUCGCUAUUGCAGCAGAGGCAAAGAUCAAAUCGGGCAGCAAAAUUAAAGACUUCAGAGAUUUACUAAGCUCUGAUCCAGACAUCAGACGCCAGCUUCAGGACCUGCGAAAUGAUGUGCACAACUUUGCUCAAAAGUUUCCCAUGCCUGGCUUUGAUGAUCAUUAGUACCCUGAGCUGAUAAUUUGUCGAUGAUGCGCCAUUUUGACUGACUUGCAUUUAUGCAGAUAAUUUGAAUGCUUGCGGACUAGCCAACAGCGCUGAUGUAUGACGUUGACCAUCUGAGGUUAAUAUUUGCGACCCUUGGCGGUUGUAAAGGGAUCAUAAGGCAUAUUUUGUCUGUGGUACACUUUUGUAGGACAGAUACGUAAUGGACAUGAUACUGCAUUGGAUAUACUCACACUCUAAGUUUUUGGAGAGUAAUUUUGUCCUAAUAAUAUUUAAAAGACUAAGAAAGAUCAUGGAAAUUUCUAAGCAGAGUAGUCGGCCACUAAGUCUGAUAUUCAUGAGAAGUGUUUUAGAUAUAGAAGGUUUUUUGUUUGUUUUUAAAUGACAGUAUUUAUUUUACUUCGUUGUUGUGCAAGCAAAAUACCGUAUUUUGCCUUAUGAUUGACCUUACAUCCGUGUUAAGCCACAGACAAGACAGCGGCAUUAAGAGUGUCAUUUGAAGAUCAAGUUAAUGAAUACAGAAAAAAGUUAAACCCAUCAUCCAAUUUUUCAGAUAAAUAUUUAUCUUUUUCAAGAGGUCAAGUUGACAGUGACAUGACAUUUUCAUGGUUUUUGUCAUGUCAUUUAGGAAAAAAGAAUUGUGUUGAAUAUGAAUAUCAAAAGAAAAUGGGUGACCAAACCAUUGAUAUCAGAGCAUAUGUUUGCAGGUUAUAUAUAGCAUUUAUCUGCGUAGUUGCAAUUUUUUUUUCCUUUGGUUGUGUUUGCAGACUUCUGUAAUGUGAUGUGCUGUCCAUACUUUUGUGGCAUUCUUUAGAGCUGAUGUAUAAUAUUAUGUUUUUUUGUAUAUGGUGUACUUAUUUUUGUAUAAUUAUUACUUGACAUUGCAAUAAUUGGCUGAUUCUGUA